UUGCGCCUGGCGCGCGUCACUCGACCACAACGUCAACAUUGGUAGGGUCGAGCGAGGGAUUUUUUGUAGAUUUGUCUCAUUUUGACAAUUAUGGACUCAUUAAACACAGAAAGAAUGUCGUCGUCACAGCGAGAGGUGCUCAUGGACCAAGUUAAACAACAGAUAAUUAUUGCCAACACACAGGAACUGCUGACGAAAAUGGGUGAAAAAUGCUUUUCCAAGUGCAUCUCAAAACCCGGAUCAUCCCUAGAUAGUUCUGAACAAAAAUGUUUGGCAAUGUGCAUGGAUAGAUAUAUGGACUCUUGGAACCUCGUCUCACGGACGUAUACUAGUCGUCUCCAACGAGAGAAGAACUUCCAGUAGCGAUCUACAAUCUGUUCCUUAUUUUUAUAGCUGAAUCUUGUAAAUUAUCAUCAGAGCUGUAACAAUAAAACUUGUAUUCAUAAUGGUUGAAAUGAAAUCCUCAGAACUGUAGAGGCAUUAAAAUAAAUUAUAGUUCAUUUAAUUUUCUGUUGGGUUCUCAAUAGGUUUGGUUCACAAAUAUCUUUGCAUAAAAUAUCGAAUAGUGUUUAUACUUGAAAUUAGUUAUCAUAAUUAGAAAUAGGAUCUGCCAGGAAAAACUUGAGCAUAGGAGAGUAAUUUUUCUUCCAUAUUUAUCUGAGCAUAGUUUUGCAUCAAUAAAUGUAAUUUAACUUUUAAGAUAUUUAAAAUAUAUAAUUUUCUGUCAAUUUUGCAUGUACAGUAGUACUGUACUGCUGUAAAAUAUUACUGUACUACAGUACAGUACUUGCAUUAUUUGAGGCAGCAGAUAGGCUUACAUUUCAUUAUUCUAAGAAAUAUUUUAUUCAGUUUUGGCAAAUAAAAAAUAAGAAUGUGCUAUACAGGGUCAGGUUUCAAAAUAUUUGUUUGUUAGCACAUAAAUUUUGUCAAAAAUUGUUCAAACUAAAAUGGAUUUCAUGGUAGGAUCAUAGACAUCAACUGAGUGGACCACUGUACUGUGUUACUAAUUAACUACCUCCUGUGAAGUCUCAUCCUUGUUCUCUUAAUUGACUUGGUGCAAUGUGUGAACUGCUAGUUGAUAUAGUACUGUAUAUAUGGGUAUUAUCACUGGUCAUAUGUUAAGUAGUUAAAAAGUCUUGCUCGAAGUUUUCUUUGUGGGAUGGAGUGGGGGGGGGAUCAAGAAAUAAUACUGGGUAUGAAAUUAAUUUAAAUUAGCAUGUUAUUUAGCAGUGAUGUAGGUUCUGAUGAUUGUAAAUAAAUUCUAUGAACUAUU